GGUCGAGCUCCUUGUGCCGGCAUUAGGGCAGGGUCGGGAAGCGAGAGGGAAAGGCUGAGGAGGCAGGACAUCAGUCCAGAAGAGGAAGAGUGUCGCGGCCCAUGGUGAGGCGCACGACGUGGUGGAGCUGCUGUGUCGAGCUCUUGUCGCCACCCUCCGUAGCCUGCGGGAGGCCGGAGAACCAGCAGCUGCAGCAGCGCCGCUGUGGUUAGAGAGCCCGACGGCGGCAGGCAGAAGCACCACCGGCUGGACUCGCAGCCCCGUCAUGGACGACGAUGAAGAAGAAACACCCCAGGAAAGCUCUUCACUGAAAGAAAUGGAUGAGGAACAGCCUUCGUCUGCUUGUAGUCAAUAUCCUAAAGAAGCUUUAAGGAAACGACAGCAUUCAAAUCAGGGUUCCCAAGGCAGUGAUUCUUCUCGAGCAUCCCGCAAGAGCUUCCGACUAGAUUACAGGUUGGAGGAAGAUGUCACAAAAUCGAAGAGAGGUAAAGAUGGGAGGUUUGUCAACCCGUGGCCAACAUGGAAAUCACUGUCUUUUCCUAAUAUUCUGAAGUGGGUUCUUACAGAGAAGAACAACAGCAAGGUUCCUUGUUCAAAGCAGGAACUUGACAGAGAGCUUCCAGUACUGCAGCCAUACUUUAUCCAAAACCCAGAGUUAGCUGGAAAGACUGGAGCUGGUAUGCGAGUCACAUGGCUGGGACAUGCCUCAUUAAUGGUGGAAAUGGAUGAGCUUACAUUUCUGACUGACCCCAUCUUCAGCUAUCGGGCUUCUCCCAUCCAGUGGAUGGGUCCUAAGCGUUUCCGAGGACCUCCAUGCACAAUAGAUGAGCUUCCCAAGAUAGACGCUGUGGUGAUUAGCCACAACCAUUAUGACCAUUUGGACUACAACACUGUGUUGCAUUUAAACACUCGUUUUGGAAGUGACUUGAGAUGGUUUGUGCCUUUGGGUCUCUUAGACUGGAUGCAGAAAUGUGGCUGUGAGAAUGUCAUUGAACUGGACUGGUGGGGAGAAAACUGUGUUCCUGGUCAUGAUGCAGUCACAUUUGUUUUCACUCCUUCCCAACACUGGUGCAAGAGAACUGCCACUGAUGACAACAAAGUUCUCUGGGGAAGCUGGUCUGUCUUAGGACCUUGGAAUAGGUUUUUCUUUGCAGGAGACACUGGCUAUUGUGUUGCAUUUGAAGAGAUAGGGAAAAGAUUUGGGCCUUUUGAUCUUGCUGCUAUUCCCAUCGGAGCAUAUGAACCAAGGUGGUUUAUGAAAUACCAGCAUGUGUCCCCUGAAGAAGCUGUAAGGAUUCAUACAGAUGUUCAAGCAAAGAAGUCUGUUGGAAUUCACUGGGGAACCUUUGCUUUAGCCAAUGAGUAUUACUUGGACCCUCCAACUAAACUGAAGGAAGCUCUUGAGAGAUAUGGGCUGCAAACUGAAGAUUUCUUUGUCUUAAAGCAUGGAGAAUCCCAAGAUUUAAAUAUCAGUGAUAAUGGAUUUGAAUAAAAAUACAAACAUCAAACUGUUUCUUAUACUUCUUGACUGGAAGCAAAAAAAAUUAAUAUCUUUUUGUAGAAAUUUAAACUGGGUUUUUAAAACAUCAGGUAUGCUAGUUAUCUAACAGUCCCUUGAAGCAUACAUAUCAGACUAAUAGUAAAAUUGCAUCUUUUUAACAAACUGAAUGAAAUUAUACAACUGGGUGGUGUUAAUUUGAACAGAAAUGCAUUGUAAAUAAGCCCACAAAUUGCCAUUUGGUCUGUUUCCACAGGGGUUAUUCAUGAAUCUCCUGCAGUUUCCCCCUACUUUUCUCUGAUCUUUCUGAGCUGUGAUUUUUGGGAAGGAUCACUGUAAAGCCCGGGUGGCUGUUGUGCGGAUGAUAAAAUUUUAAUUUUCCUGUCCACAUGGCCCUAUUGCAGCCAUUUUCUCUCCCAGCUGGUAGAGGGCUUUUUGUUGUUGGGGGGAGUUUUGUAUCAGUGUAGCCUUGCAAUAAAGAUGCGUAACAGAUUCCCCGAAUUCCCCGCUUUAAAGGGGUGGGUAGGUGGGUUGCAACUGACUUUUUCAAAAAUGGGGGGGGGGGGGGUUGAAAGCAGGAAAUUCAGGGAACCUGUUGCGCAUAUUGUGAUAUAAAGCUAUGUUGAAAUCAGUUGCUGAUUUUUUAGUAUUGGAAAAAUCCCCAGUAGCUCAAAGGAGAGGGGGUUGGCCACUGCUAGGGGACUGACCAGGGAAACUGUGUUGAAACCGGCCAUGUAAAAACCCGUUGCCUCUCCACUGUAUCAGCAGCCGCACCAGCAGCAGAGAAACCACACAAGCCUGUCCCUGUGUGGAGGCCAGCUUUAUCUUUAAAAAUAUGAAUUUGUCUAAAUAGCAAUAUGCUGGGGAUUGCAUAUCAGCUGAUAGGGCAUGCCCACUCAGGUCUUUUUUUGAUACUGAUACUGUCAUUUCCAGCACUGAAUGGCAACAUUAUUAAGUUUUCCCUCCCAACCAAAACAGACUGACUGGCUCAGUGCUGGAGUAGUCCUGAAAACCAAGGUAGAAGCCCUAUGUGCAUGUGUGCACUUGAUGCAUGAGGGCCACAGCCACAAGCAGGUAAUUUUUAUAGAAUUCUGCAUACAUUUGUACCCAAAUGCUGUGGUAGUGGAGCAAAAUCUUCCUCAACAGCAGGCUAGCUUGCAUGUACUGAAAAGCAUAAGUCUCAGCCCAUAAAGCCAUAUAUGCACUUAAUGACCAUGACUUGCGGAGCCAUUUCCUGCCAGAAGGGGAGGCCACAGGUAUUCUUUCACCUGCUUUCCUCCCAAUCAUACAAUUAAUGGAGGACAGCGUUUCAGUCGUUCCUGUUGAAAAGUAUGGCUCCUGGGUAUCCAUAGCUGGGCACUGGCCUUGCUUUUGCAUCCUAACAGCAUUUCCUUGAUUGUAGGAUCUAACUCUAUAAAGGAAGCCACAGCCCUCAGUUUGCAAGACAUGAACAAAUCUGUUAAAGAUGAGACAUUCUGGAGGACAUUGAUUCAUAGGGUCACGAUGAGUCAGAAGCAACUUGACAGCACUUCACACACAUGUGCACGCACACAGGUUCCACUCAGAUCUGACAGCAUUUCUGGUAACUGUGCUUAAGAUAACUUGAGUUUACAAUCCACUAUACUGUAAAAAAGACACAAAGCCAAGCCUAGGCAGGUUAUUCAGAAGAAAGGCAAAAUUCAGUUGGACUUGCUCCCUGGUGAACAUAUUUAAGAUUGCACCAUUUGUUUUUUUUACAGAAUGAAGGGUGCUUCAAUCCAGAUUACUGGGCUUGAUUGGUUUUUGUAUUAGGCUGUAAUUUAAGAAUCAUUGAGUAUUCCAUCUGAAAGAUAAUGGCGCUACCCAGAUGGAAAAGGUUUGAAUCUUAAAACUGGCAUUUUAGCUGCAUUGUAAAUGGGAAUAAAUGUAUUAUUGUAGCCUUCGGGCAGUCCUCCAUCCCCUUUCCUCCUCUCAGCAGAUUACUCAUUUUGAGGACAUGUCCUGUGCCUUCAAAACUAUUGAAAACAUAGGAGUUUUGAGACAGUCUUCCAACAGUUACUGCUAAAGCACAUUUCAAACAAAAUACUGAUUUUUACUGAAUGUGUGUACAUUUUCAAACAAAAAUGUAAGAUAGAGAAGUUUUAAAAUGAUCUAAUGACGUGUGCCUUUUAAAAAGUACUAAAACUUGCCUCACUCAUGUAUUUUUACUCCUGGCCAGAGUCUCUGGACCGGCAUUGUAUUGUUGUUAUGAAAUUAUUUUUUGUUUGUUUCUUUUCGUUGGUUGAGAUUUCCUUUAGUUGGUUGAGAUUCUUUUGGUGAUAUAAACAGAAAGUCUUUAAUGUAUGAGUUUGGAAUCUGGUGACUACUCCAUAUAAGGGGUAAUAUUUUAAUUAAAUAAUUGGUGUAACUGUAAUAGUGGAAUGAAUAAUGAAUGGAAUUAUAAUUAAAACUAUACAUAUAUAUUUAAAAAUGAAAUUGCUCUUUAUUAAAAGUCUGAAUACUUGUUUGAGAAAUUGUUUUUUAAAUAAUGUCUAUAUAACUGAAACCAUUGGUUGUUUGUUCUCUUUGUUUAGUCUUUGUUUAGCUUACCCCCCCCCCCCUUUGCUUUGUUCCCUGAUGCACUCACAUAACUGGAAGGGUGCAAACACAAUGUAUUACCAGAAUGAUGUGCUAAAUGUGUAAAGACUGCUUAUGGAACUGAAAGCAUGUUGACUUCAUUUAACAUUGUAAAAUAGGGUCAAAUAAACUUGUGUCAAAUCGUAAAACUAACAAAAUAAAGGUUAAAGCUUUUUCUCAGAAA